AUGGGAAGCCAAGUAGGAAUAAAUGGGCUUCUCGGCAGAGACCGGGAGCGUCACCAGAAAAAGAGAAAAGAAGUUCAUGAGGAACCUGUACAGAAAAGAAAAAAGGUGAAAAGUAGUAGGAGCCAGCCUGUCAUUAAAAUUGAGAAAGGUGUUCAAACUGCCAUUAAAACUGAGGAUGAUGACAAGCUUGAGAUGAAAACAAAGGUAAGGAAAAAGGAAAAUUUAAAAGAUGAUGAAUGUUUAAACCAAUUAGAACUGAAGAAGAAAAACAAGAAAAAGAAAGUUGGCUCUGAAUUACUGGAAGAAGCACAUUCAGAAAGCUUUGUGAAUGUAGAAGGCCAUCUGGAUUCAGAACCUCAAGAAGAAUCAGAGGAACAUACUAAGAUUCUCAAAAAGAAGAAGAAAAAAGUCCAAUGUCAUUCCUCCUUAUCAUUGGAGAAUAAUGAGAGUAGUGAUAGGGAGCUUUCAAAUCAUCAUACAGGUGGUACUAAGGAAAAUGAAUUUGCUUUUAAAAAAAGCAGAAAGAAUACUGCUUUGAAUUUGGAACUGGAUGGUGAAGUAACUAAGAAAAAAAAGAAGAAAGGCAUUUUUUCUUUUUCAUUAGAGGACAUCCAGGACAGUGAACAUAAACAGUCUGAAAAAGUUCGUAAAAAAACACACAAAUACAUUUCACAAGAAAAAGCUUUUACAGGCAAAAACCAUGGAACAGAAAUUACCCAGAAUGGUGGGGAGAGUUACGUGAGAAGAAACAAGAGGAAGAAAAAGAAAGACAAGUCUGACUCCUUUUUACCACUAGCAGAUAAACAGGACACCAUCUAUGGAAUUGACGAUAGCCCCAUUGCAUUAAGUGACUUCAGAAAAUGGCAAAGGAAGAAUUCCCAGGGAAUUGCAUUGACAAAUAGAGAGGAAGAGGACACUACUGAGAACUCUGGAAGUAUCAGAGACACCAAGAGGAAGAAGAGAAGCAAAGCUGUUUCUUCCUUGACAUGUGAAGUUUCUUUAAACAAUGACAGUGCAUCUAAAAGCCAAAAAGUAAAGCUACUAGAAAGCAGUAAAAAGAACAAGGAGAGCGAAAUGAAGCGAGCUGAAUGUGUCACAGAGGACAUUGUAGAGAGGGUAUUAUGCAAUAGUAAUCAUAUGCUCUGUGACAGAAAAAGAAAAAAAGAAGUACCACAGGACUUUGCUGCAGAACCAGGUUCAAAAGCAAAUACAAAAAAGAAAAGGACCAAAAGAGAAGACAUGGGAAAUGAGGGACAGGAACAUGUGGAUGAUGUAACUAUCGUGCAGGAAAAAAAAGGAAACUGUGAUGAAGUUAACAUAGACAAGGUAAGGCGGCAGGCUCUGCAAGAAGAAAUCGAUAGAGAAUCUGGCAAAACUAAGGUUUUCAGUCACAAAGUGGAAUGGGAUACAAAGUUCGGCCAGUGGAGUACAGCCGCAUUUCGAAGUUCUGAGGAAGAAAAGAAGUUUUUUAGACUGAUGGGUGGCUUUAAAAAGGGCUCUGUGCCUCUCCAAAAUUUCUCAGCAACUGCAAACAAACUGAACAUGGCUCUGAACAGGGAAGGGGAGGAGAAGUUACAGCAGGCUCUGAAGAUGGAAUUCGAUAAAGCAAUGGAUUUGAAGCAACAUAGAGGAAUUGGUCUUGGAUUUCAACCUGCUGCCAACAAAAAAGUAUACAUAGAUAAAUAUACAUCUAGAUCUAUAAAAUUUGAAGAUUAA